AAUCCUUGGUGUUUCUACUAGCGAACUUCAACAAAGUUUCAAUGUGGAGGCAAUUGAUUCAAUAAAGGUUCCCCCACAUUAUGCGAGAAACCUUCUGGAGUAUUGCUUUUUCAGGGCACUUGCACUGUCUACACAAAACACAGGCUAUUUGGCUGAUAAAAAAUUUCGACGCCUGACAUUUGACAUGAUGAUAGCUUGGGAAGCCCCAGCAAGUUCUAGCCAACCUUUAGUUAAUAUUGACGAGGAGGCAUCAGUUGGGGUGGAGGCUUUCUCUCGAAUUGCUUCAGCAGUUCCCAUAAUCUCAAAUGUGAUCAUAAGUGAAAAUCUUUUUGAGGUGCUUACUUCAUCAACUGGUGCUAGACUUCAGUUCUCUGUCUACGACAAGUACCUGAGUGGGCUAGAAAAAGUGAUUAGAAAAAUGAAAACCCUAUCAGAGUCCAACCUCCUUCAUUCUGAAAGAUCAUUAAGGCAAGAGAAGAUUUUAGAAGUGGAUGGAACAGUCACCACACAACCAGUUCUUGAACAUGUAGGAAUUUCUACAUGGCCGGGUAGGUUGGUUCUGACAGAUCAUGCACUUUACUUUGAAGCUCUUCGUGUUGUGUCGUAUGACAAGGCAAAAAGAUAUGACUUAUCCGAUGAUCUGAAACAGGUUAUCAAACCUGAAUUGACUGGACCAUGGGGUACCCGGCUCUUCGAUAAGGCAGUUCUGUAUAAAUCUGUUUCCUUAUCAGAACCAGUUGUGAUUGAGUUUCCUGAGCUUAAAGGCCAUACUCGUCGAGAUUUUUGGCUGGCGAUUAUUCUUGAGGUUUUUUAUGUUCAUAGAUUUAUUCACAAGUUCCAGAUCAAGGGAAUUCAAAGGAGUGAAGCUCUUUCAAGAGCUGUCCUUGGAAUUGUUCGCUUGCAAGCCAUUCAAGAUAUAUGUUCUACAGCAUCUCUUAGGUGUGAGUCGCUUCUCAUGUUUAAUCUCUGCGAUCAGCUCCCAGGUGGGGACUUUAUAUUGGAAACCCUUGCAAAUAUGUCAGACAUGAAAGAAAGUGACCGAACAAGCAAAUCAAGUCGCGAGAAGGGAAUGUAUUCAAUCUCCGCCUUAGACAUAGUUUCUCAAUUGGGAUUUGGGAUGGGAACAGCUUCAAAUGAUUCAAAUGAGAAUGAGCUUCUUGUGGGUGAUAUUGCUGUUGGAAAAAUGACUCCUUUGGAAAGGGCAGUAAAGGAAUCAAAAAACAAUUAUGAAAAGGUGGUGAUGGCUCAAGAGACAGUUGAUGGAGCAAAAGUAGAUGGCAUUGAUACUAAUUUGGCAGUGAUGAAGGAAUUAAUGUUGCCAGUCAGUGAACUUGGAAAGUACCUUCUUUCUUUGGCAUCAUGGGAAGAUCCUAUGCAGUCUUUGGCAUUCUGUUUGAUCUCCAGUUACAUUAUCUACAGGGACUGGCUGGCCUACGCAUUCUCUCUGUUACUCGUCUUCAUGGCAGUUUUCAUGAUGCUUACACGACUUUUCAACCAAGGGAGGCCAGUCGAAGAAGUAAAAGUCAUAGCUCCUCCAACAAUGAAUGCAAUGGAGCAGCUUUUAGCCGUCCAGAAUGUGAUUUCUCAGGCGGAACAGUUCAUCCAAGACGGAAAUAUCGUUCUCCUCAAGCUACGUGCCUUGAUGCUGGCCAUUUUUCCUCAGGCCACAGUGAAGUUUGCAGUUUCUCUUCUAGUGAUUGCUUUAACUCUGGCCUUCCUACCCACAAAAUACAUAUUUCUGGUGGUGUUUUUGGAGGCAUUUACAAGGUAUUCGCCCCCAAGAAUAGCAAGCACAGAGAGAUGGACAAGGAGAGUAAGGGAAUGGUGGUUCAGCAUUCCAGCAGCUCCUGUUAUUCUUGAGAGGGAAAAGGAAGACAAGAAGAGGAAAUGAAAUUGAUCCUUUGUAUUGUAAUUACAUGUAGAGAAGUUGUAGUAAUAUAUGUAUUUUAUUUUUAUGGGUUUCGUUUUCAUGCUGGCUUGUUAGGAAAUUAGGAAUGUAAAUUCCCCGGAUAGACAAUCUGAUGAGUACUUUUAAUAAUGGCAAGGGAAAAUAAUUGAGAAACUCCUUGUUUUUACUCGGUUAUUCC